UGGAGGCUCUGGAGGAAAAAACAACCGAGCCAUACCUGAUACGCGACCUGGACCACGCUCUGUGCUUGCGCUACGCCUGGCAGCUGGACGCCACGGACCGAAAGGCCGCGCUUGGACCGUUUUUUCCGGCCAAGUACUUUCUUCAGGAGGAGGAGGAUGCCAAAGGGGAUGAACUCCAAGCACAUGCGGCGAAGAAAAUAAAUGAGAUGACCACAACGCGCAAGCUGAACAAAACCUCAGGUCUCCACCCUGCCUGCAUCUACGCGCUGCGCUUGACGCACCGGGCUGGCCGGUGCGGGCGGGCGGUGUGCAAGCUAGACAACACUGACUGCGUCAAGCUCGGGAUGACCAAGCAUUUGGGGUUUUCCUGUCAGCAUUGCGGGGUGAAAAACCUCGGAAAGAGAGCGAGAGUGGCCUUUUACAUGGAAAUGGACCCGGAAAACGUACAUGGUGAAAGCGCAUUUUUCUUUCGAAAGGAGUUGGACUGCGAGCUGACGGCAAACAUUUACGAACGCUGGCUGAAAAAGCGCGCCUGGGAGGUGUACGGGUUCCCAGUGCAGCACUUGGAAUACUUUCCCAUUUGUUCAAGUUCGUCUUCCAGCUCCGGCGCGGCAAGUACUUCAAGUGCAGCCAGAUUGUAUUAUCCGUCAUCUUCAUCGUCAUCCUCGUCUUCUGCAAGCAGGCGUGAAGACCUAUCGCUCAUAGGAAAAAACAGCGUUGGUCUCAAGAACUCCAGUCGCAGCAGCAGACGCGGCCCCGCCUCGGUAAGCGAGUUCCAGGCCUAUCUUUUACGAGAAAUUGAGGCUCUGGAAACAAACGCGCGCGCCAUCCCCGAGGGAGAUCUCGACCUGCGGUUCCGGGCUUUUUACGACCAUGGGAUGUUUCUGCUGCAGCACGGCCGCUAUCCUGUGCAAAAGUAUCGCGUGAGUAGUGCCCGCGCUGCAAAUUAGAAAACAAAGCGGGCAGGGGACUCGCAUAGCGGACCCGUCAGGAACGAUGCCGCCCGGCUUCGUCCAGAUAGUUGACAGCGGCCGCGUCGUUGGUGGCGAUUCCGUCUGCGUAUACUCGAUGCCGGCGCACCUCGUCACCGACCUGCAGAAACAAAAACCGCGCGAAGGAGGCCUCGGGCUGGGCGGCAACGGAAUCGGCUCGACUGUGGUGUUUCCACGCAGGCCGGAGACUGGGGGGCGCCGCGUUGCGCCUGCUCCCGGAGAACAGAGGGAGGACCCUCGCAGACCGCUGCGGCGGCAGUGACUGCGACGGGGCUGCUAGCCGAUUUCGCCACCGCCGACGGAUUCCAGCCGUCCGGCUCCGCCCGCCCGCGGGUUCUUCCUUCGAAGAGUUUGAGGGGCCGCACUUGGCAAAGCAGCAAGCGGCGUGCGCCGACGGCGCCAGCUUCGACCGCGGCCCCUUUGGCAUUUGUCGCCAAGCGGGUGGCCUUCAUCGGCGCCCCGUGGCAUGCUGCGCCGCCAUCGACCCAACUCGCGCCGGCCAAGCAAAGCGCGGAGGUAGAGCGCUGCCGGCCUGAAGCAAUGCACUGCGUGCCCGACGCGUGGAAGAUCCUCCGCGCGGUGCUGGACAGUAGUGCCCUGCCGCUCCUCGCCCUACCUGGAGGGCCUGAGAACUUUCCAGGGUGUUUUGGUCUGCGAUGGGGAUUUGUUUGCAGUGCAAUUGCGCGCAUAACUGCGUCUGCAAUUGCGACGGGCGCGAUACUUUUGCAACUCAUAGCCGCCCGAUCUUCCAAGACCACGCGGACCUCGACCUGUCGACGUGCUCAUCUAGAGGUUGCACACAACGCCUUGACAGAUCGGGCGUUUUGGUUCCGGCCCUGCGGUUCGGGCGGAAGUACCGUCGCAGGGGACUGCUGGAGGACGACGAUAGCUCUUCUGGCACGGAGGCAGUUCGGGAUGGGGAACCUCUUUGCGACGACGCUAACGCCGGGAAUGAUCAUGAUCCAACCGAACUACAACGCGAGAAGGGCGACGAACUAGUCCAAGACCACGAUCGUGCACCAGGGCAAACUACCCGGAGGAAGAUGGGCAAAGCUGCUGUUCGACGCCGGACAGGGUGGGCCGGGAACUAG